UCCUGGGAGGCAGGGAUUAUGGGCCAACCAGCCAGCGUUGGCCACUUCCUGCAGGUCAAGGGAAUGUCAGCCCAGACUGUAGACCAGCGGUUCUCAACCUGUGGGUCGUGGCCCCUGCAUAUCAGAUACGAUUCAUAACGGUAGCAAAAUUACAGUUAUGAAGUAGCAACAAAACUAAUUUUAUGAUUGGGGGUCACCAGAACAUGAGGAACUGUAUUAAAGGGUUGCGGCAUUAGGAAGGUUGAGAACCACUGCUCUAGACUCUUCAGCUCUUCCUUUAAACCUCUCUAAGCAGCCGCGGCUGCUCCUUGGCCUUCCUGCCCCAGGAAGGGUGUGUGGCAUCACUCCAUCUAGCCUUGCUACUCUUUAGUGGAUGGUCUCUUCAUUUUUUUCAUAGCACUUCCCAAGGUUCGUAAUUAUACAGGUGUAUUUUCUUGUUCAUUGUCUGCCUUUCUUUCUAGAAGGCAAGAGGUCAGGAGCACAGGGCCUAGAACAAAGUGAGUCUCAGUAAACAUUCGUUGAAUGAGUGGCAACAUGUGUUUUGGUCUCAGAUGUGGGUUCGAAUUUCGGCUCUGCCAUCGUUCUUAACUGUGAGAUUGACUCAUCUGCUAACCACUAAUCUCUCAGAGUCUCAGUUUUCUCAUCUGUAAAAAGGGGAUAUAAGAUUUACCUCACAGAAUUGUUCGGGAGAUCAGGCAAGAUACCAUGUAAAGGGGCCAGGCAUGGUAGCUCACGCCUGUAAUCCUAGCACUCUGGGAGGCCGAAGCGGGUGGAUUGCCUGAGCUCACAGGUUCGAGACCAGCCUGAGCCAGAGCGAGACCUCAUCUCUAAAAAUAGCUGGGCAUUGUGGCAGGCGCCUGUAGUCCCAGCUACUUAGGAGGCUGAGGCAAGAGAAUCACUUGAGCCCAAGAAUUUGAGGUUGCUGUGAGCUGUGAUGCCAAGGCACUCUACCCAGGGUGACAAAGUGAGACUCUUGUCUCCAAAAAAAAAAAAAAAAAAAAACCAUGAAAAGUAUUUGGGGAUCCAUCAAUGUGAGCUUCUUUUUUCUGGCAUCGAAGGAAAGUGACCAUCCCUCCCAAGCAGGUCCUGGGCUAUCGAAUAAAGCAGCUCAUUUUCCCCAACAUGCAGAGGAUGAGUAAGCCAGGCCUGGUGGAAGCAAGAUGGGGAGCCCUAAGCACAUGAGUGUGGUGGAGGUGGUUUCAUGAAGGCUCUGUGUCAGCCAGGAUGGGUGGCUGGGGAGCUUGGCUGGGGGUGGGGUAGGCUUCAGGGAAGAGGGUUCAGGGCUGGGAAGAAGGAUGAAGCUUCAAUGUGGGGACCGGAACCUGGCUGACCCAGUAUAAUGCCUCACCAUGGCACUAGCCCUUCCCUGGAGGGGUUAAUUCUAUUUCAUAGUUGUCUGUUUUUUGGGGGGGGGGUUGAGGACAGAAAAAGGGAAAUUACAGAGAGAAAACUGGUCUAAUAACUUCUCUCUGUCUUUCUGUCUUUCUCUCUCUUGUCUCUGUGCUGGUUUAGGUAUUUGUUUUGGGGACAAAACAAAAUCCUUUCCAGAAGAUGAAUGAGCUUGGAUCCUCCUCUUCAUCAUUUCAGAAUUGGCAAGGAUACUAUUUUUAAAAAGAGGAUGACAGGUGACCUGGAAUUAUAGAGUUGUUAGGGCUAAGAAUAUGGUAGGAUGCACCCAGAUGUGGGAACCAUGGUAAGGGCAGGAGAAAAUCUGCCUGCUGGAGCAGGAAUCUAGAUCAAAUGUUGGACUAGAGUUUCCCAGCUGCUCCAAGGACAACUGUCUUGCUUUGCGCUGGGCAGUCUGCUGGAUCCUGGCUCCCAGCCUUGACUGAAGGCUUGCUGGCCUAGGAAGCACAAUCGAAUUACCUGGUCAAUUCUGACAUGACAGCACUGGCUGUGACAUGAUGACUGGUCUGGAGUUGGACGGUCUCAGGGUCUCAGGGUCCCUACUCUGCUACUCAUUAGCUUUACACCUCCCCAGUUUUCCUGACUUUAAAAUAAAGGGGCUAGACUAGAACAGCUGUUCACAACCUGUGGGUCGUGACCCACAGGAACUGUAUUAAAGGGUUGCGGCAUUUGGAAGGUUGAGAACCACUGGACUAGAAGGUCCUUGUGAUUCUGAAUGUAGCUUCUUCUGGAAUUUCUAGGUUUUGCCCUGGAUCUCAGCAGAGCUACACUGCCUAGAGCCAUUGGGAAGGGAUGGAGAGAGGUCUAACCAAAUUUGCUGGGUGGCCAAGUAUAUGUUGUAUUCUCUCUGGGCCUUGGUUUCUUCUUUGGUUGUCUGGGCAUAAUCCUUUGGCUGCCUGUCAUUGAGGAGAGGGGAAGGGGCCUAUCAAUAUAGAGUUUUUCAAUUUAUACGCAAAAAUGAGGAUGCAGGCUCCCUGGCACGGACAGUAAGGACUCAGAGUGCAAAAGAGAGUCCUCGCAAAGAGAAUGUCUAUGAAGGGGCUGGAGGUGACCUGAAGACUCUCUGAAAUAAUUCCUCCUCUCUUUGCAGAGAAGGAUGCUGGCUUAUCCUGUUUAGGUAAGGAUGGUUACCAAGUAUGUUCAGGGUGGCUGUACCCUUCCACCCUUGAGCCCAUCUGACUUAGGACUACUAAGUGCUCCGGAGGGGUCAGCUGAGUGAGUACGGAUGGGGGGCAAUGCCCAGCAGGUUUCAACUUUAGUUUGGAGGUUGCAUCUGUCCUCUAAAUGACGGUGGUUCUCAUUGGUUGUAAAUUGACAUCACCUAAAAACUUCAUUCAUUUACUGAUUUUAGAGAUGGGGGUCUAUGUUCCCCAGGCUAGUCUUGAAUCCUGGGCUCAAGUGAUCCUCCUGCUUUGGCCUCCUGAGAAGUUGGGACUCUGGGUGCAUAUCACUGUGCCUGGCAAGAGCACUUUAAAACUAGUGACAGCUGAGUCUUUUGUCCAGAAAUUCUGACUGACUUGGUCUGGGGUGUGGCCUGGACAUUGGACUUGUAAUAACUUCCCAAGUGGUUCCCACGCACAGUCAAGGUUGAGAACUCCUGUUUUCACUUUCUCUAAACCCUCAUUACUCCUAAUGUGGCCUGAGGAUUCCACUUUGAAUGGCAAGGACAAAAUAACCAAGUUUUGUUUCUUUCCUGGAGGUGGAGAAGAAUUUGGGGUUGGGACUAGAUUGGGGAUGAGUGGGAAGAAGGAAGUGGGGUCCGUGGGAGGCAAUGAUGGCAGAUGUCUGGGAAGAAGGGUGCUUCAUUUUAAUUGGAAAAGUUUGUCAGAAAGAAAGACACAGAGAGGUGGUCUCCAGAAGAUAGGCAGACAAAUAACAGUGCCUUGGGAACAAAGCCUUUUGGGCUGGGUAGGCCAGGUUCUUAAUUGCUGCCUCUACAGGAAAGUCCUUGAAUUUGGAGGAUCCAGUAACAUAAAGGAGAGGGUGGAGGACAUGGUGGAUGGUCUCCAUGAUCUGACUGAGGUGGAGCAAAAAGAUGUGCUAAGCUCCCUGAUGCAUUGCCUCAGCAAGGAUGGGCAUCUGGAGGAUCUACAGGAAAGAGUGUCUGAGGCCCUGAUCUCUGGUGAGCUGCAGAUGGAGAGCUCAUCAGGGCUGCUGCUAAGCACCCUUUUUAAUACUGCUGGGAUCUUGUUGAAAGCACGUGACGAAACCAUUCUGGACCUCCUGGAUGCCUUGAUAGAGCUAUCUGAGGAGAAGCAGUUUGUGGUGGAGGCCCUGGAGAAAGGGACCCUGCCCCAGUUGAAGGAUCAAGUGAGACAGCCUGGACUGAGGACCAAGGUAAUAGUGGAAGAAAGAGUGCCAUGAUGGAUGAGUACAUCUCCCUGUGGGCUCAGGACUGUGGCCGAAUAUUUGCCAUUUGUGGUAUAUCAUUGUUCACUGCGUGCACAGUCUGGUGGAUUUCCUUCCUUCCAGGUGGAGCAGAUCUUGGAUAAGCAGGCCAGCAAUCCUCAUGACAUGAGCUGGGACUCUGAGGCAUCAACCUGUGUGCCCUCUAUGUUGCUGUCUCCAUUCUGCUGCAGCUGUGUAAGAGCUGAGCACACCUCUGUCUCUUCUUCAU